UUUUUCUUGUACAUAUAUGAUGUCUUCCCACACCGAAAUUAUUUGGCACAAUAUUUACAUACUUUUCGGUUUUUUUGAAUUUUAAGUUUCCUCCAAAUUUGCUUUUAGGUUGUUUUUUUUGGAGGUUAAGGUUAUGACUUACAAGUGGUUUACCCGCACCCCCGCGCCCGAGAGCAGGUUAAGCAGGUAUCCGUAUUACCCGCCCCGCCCGAUGACACAUGAAGCAUAUAUAUAUUAUACAUGCAAGAUCGUUAUCAUCUGCGGCAAUAGCAGGACUAGCAGACGACGAGUAAUAUGCAGUAAUAUGGCGUACAGUAAUAUUGCUCGUUAAUUGGAUUUUAUUUGCGACAGAAAUUCGUAAAACAAAAACUGGAUGAGAGCAUCAUUACUUUUUGUGUUUUUAGUAAAAAGGAUAUGAUAAGUUAAUGUUUAUAAUAUAGGUUUAUGUCCACCCACAUUGUGAUAAUAAAAUGUGAUCUCGUGAAGCGAAUUGUUCUCAUCGUAAACGCACGGUGAACACGUAGCACUUGCUUCUAUCAAAAGGCGUCUUACGUGGCAAUAAUUGCAUGUUAUCGGAUUAUCUUCGUUAAUGUUGUCAUAAUUGAUAGGAAUGCAUGAAAAAAGAAAAAAAUUACAAACCAUGCGUGCUUUAAUACUUGUGGGUGGUUAUGGGACUAGAUUGCGACCUCUUACUUUAAGUCGGCCCAAGCCACUUGUCGAGUUUGCAAAUAAACCAAUGCUUUUACAUCAGAUCGAAGCACUGGUACAGACAAAUGUAACUGAAGUUAUAUUGGCCGUUUCCUAUCGAGCACAGCAGAUGGAAGAAGAGUUGGUUCAUGAGGCAAAGAAAUUGGGAGUACAGCUUAUCUUUUCUCAUGAACCAGAACCAUUGGGUACUGCUGGGCCACUUGCGCUCGCGCGUGAAUAUUUAUGUGCCAGUGAUGACCCAUUCUUUGUUUUGAACUCUGAUAUCAUUUGCGACUUCCCUUUUAAACAGCUUCUUGAAUUCCAUGAGAAUCAUGGCAAGGAAGGAACUAUAGUAGUCACCAAAGUAGAGGAGCCAUCAAAGUAUGGUGUAGUUGUAUAUGAAGAAGAUGGAAAGAUUGAAAGUUUUGUUGAAAAGCCACAAGAAUUUAUAUCUAAUAAAAUCAAUGCAGGUAUGUAUAUCCUUAAUCCAAGCGUAUUGAAUAGAAUUGAAUUGAAACCUACAAGUAUCGAAAAGGAAGUCUUUCCAAGUAUGGCUCAGGAUGGAGAAUUAUACGCUAUGGAAUUGCCAGGCUUUUGGAUGGACGUAGGACAACCUAAAGAUUUUCUUACAGGAAUGUCUAUGUAUCUUGCGUCAUUGAGGCAAAAGCAUCCCGAACAGCUUUAUUCUGGGCCUGGUGUAGUAGGCAAUGUCUUGAUAGACCCAACGGCUAUAAUUGGCAAGGAUUGUAGAAUCGGACCCAAUGUCACAAUUGGUCCUGGUGCCACUUUAGCUGAUGGAUGUUGCAUUAAACGAAGCACUAUUCUUAAGGCAGCUGUGAUAAAAGAGCAUGCUUGGCUAGAUGGUUGUAUCGUUGGAUGGAGAAGCGUUGUAGGACGAUGGGUGCGAAUGGAGGGUACAACUGUAUUAGGAGAAGAUGUUAUCGUGAAGGAUGAAUUAUAUAUUAAUGGCGGACAGGUUUUACCGCACAAGAACAUUUCCACUUCUGUACCAGAACCGCAGAUCAUUAUGUGACCAAAGACGCGAUAAUCUUUGAGAGCUUGAUUCCAAUGAAGGCAAUAAUCGAUUGAAACAUCAAUUUUUAUUCAUUUUUAUUAUUUUUAUAUAAAAUGCAUCUUCAAGAUAUCUUCGCAUUCAAAUAUUUAAAAUAAAAUAUAAUUUUGCUCCACAAGUGAUUACUGCAAUCAGUCUUGGUCUUGUCUUGCGGCAAAUAAUUGCUUCAUACGACGAUUCCACGCGACUUGGAAACUUGAAUUAUCUUACAUCAGCGUUGCAAAAAUAUAUAAAAUUAAUAAUACAA